AUGGAUGACAUCGUAGAGAAGUUUCUGGAGGAGAAACUAAAAAAAGAAAUCGAUGCUGCCCAAGCUGCUGCUGCUAAGUUGGGUCCUGGCUUGAAAACCAACUGCACCAAGUUGAGCUCCAUUCUCCGCGAUUGCGAAGAUUUGUUGAACAAGGUAAAGGAGAAGAAGGGCACGGGAAGAGACAAGCUCUACAAUCUCCUCAACGUUAUCACAGAGUGGCGCGACCUCUCCACCCAAACCAACUGCCCCACAGCAACCUGCUCCAUUAACACGCUUUCCACCUAUGUGAAGCAGCUCAAGAAAGAUCUCGAAGACGAACCCGCCCCCACCAAGCAACAACUCCAAACACCGCCCAAGCCGGAGCUCUACCGCUGGAGCUGCCACGCACAGAGCCUCGCCACCAUCCACGGCUUCGCCGACCGCCUCAAGAUCAUGCAGCGCCUCCUGCUCAAACCGACCCCGAAGCCAAUCGGGAUCGUCGGCGUGGCCGGCGUUGGCAAAACAGCGCUUUGCCAGCUGGCCUACAACCACGCUCCAGUGAAGGACCACUUCCCCCUCAGGCUCUGGCUCUGCUUGUCCAACAACCAGGACGGGGCGCGCGAUCGCAAGGACUACCUCAAGAUGAUGAUGAGCUGCCUCGGAUACGAGGAUCAGGUCAUCCAGGAGAUUGGCGACGACGCGAAGCGGCUCCAGGUGGCGCUGCAGCGCCACCUGAGCCGCGGGAGAUACUUGGUGGUCCUGGACGAUGUGUGGAUAGAGAAGGAGAAGGAGGCGUUUGUGAUGGAUGAAGAGGUUCGUAAGCUGUUCGAUUUCUUGAAUCAGCCGCUGGGGAUGCUCGUCAUCACGAGCAGGUCGGCGGAGCUGGAGGAGAUGCUUGGCAGGGACAAUAUCGACGUGCACAAGCUGUUGCCUCUCGGGGAUCGCGACAGCUGCUUGGACAUUUUCAAUGAUGCGUGGGAAAAGAGAACCGAAUUGACUAAAGAUGAGAAGAAUGGCAUCGUGAAAAAGUGUGGUGGCCUGCCAUUGAUGGCCAAGAUGCUGGGGGAAAUUGGUCCACCUCCACCUCCACCUCCACCGCCAAUCGCGGAACCCUCAAUAUUAAUCGUAAAAAGUACUAAUAAUACUCAAUAA